CCUUUCUGUAGGAAUGUGUGUGUCUUCGACAAGCUGCCUGUGUGUGUGUCAGCCUGAAUUCUGCACCUCAGUCCUUUAAUGUUGAGUCAUCUCUUUGGUCACAUGGCUGCUUGUUAGAGGAAGAAAUAUAAUCCAGAAGAGGAAGGCUUGAAUUAUCAGUUCUUCAAGGCUGCGAGUGCAAGUGUGUGCGUGUGCAGAGCCAGUACAGCACUCUUGUCUAACCAGUCCUUUCUCUCUUUCUCUCUCUCUCUCAAUCUUUCUGUUUCUCCUUGUCUUUCUCCCUCACAGUGGUUUUUGGCUUUGCACUACGAUGUCAGCUGUAGCUCUUCUGCAGUAAACAGUCAAAGGUUAUGCUGCCCAAAAGCUCCCCGCUUAGUCUGAGUGAGAAAGAAAAGGGUUAAAGUUUGACUGGUGAGAUUCCAUUCGCCGACACGGAGCUGAAGCAGAAGCACAGCCAUGAGCGACGCCCAGGUUUCUACCGAGAUCCACGACAUCGUGGCCUCUGUGAUUCACACUCCGGAGCCGGAUGCAGCGUCCCCGCGGAGUCCCCGGCCGGAGGAGGAGGAGGCUGACCUGAACAAGGCCCUGGGAGUGGAGCGAUUUGAGGAGAUCCUGCACCUCGCCCCCCGCGCCCCCGAAGACCUGCACCGCAGCUACAACGAGGAGGACUUUGAGUACCACCGCCAUUCCUCUCACCACAUCCACCACCCCCUGUCCACACACCUGUCCUCCGACGGGCGGAAGAAGAAGAGUGGGAAGAGGAGGAAGGGUGGUAGCCGGAAGCGGCCGGCUGCAGGGGGCAGCGCUCCCACCAUCGAGGAGGGAGAGGAGGAGGAGGAGGAGGACGACGACGAGGAGGAGCCCAGCAGCCCCGUGGAUGGAGAGAAACCCACUCCUGACACAGAUACUGAGCCUCAGCCACUGGAGGAGGCAGUUCAGUUCUUUCUUUCAGAGGAUGACACCCUCCAAUCUGACUCCACGCCCAGGAAGAUGGGCCUGGCACCCCCCCGGAAGCUGGAGAUUGUACCCAUCUCUGCCUUGGACGAGACGGGCACUCACCCUGAGGAUGCCACAUCAACAGAGGAUCCAGCGGACGCCUGCAGAGGAGCGGAGGACAGGAGGGGCAGUGGCACCAGCAGUACGAGUCCACCACAGACGCGUUCCCCCCGCACCUCUACCUCCAAACCCCAGCCCAACGCCCGCAGCUACGACCUGCAGGAGAGGAGGCGCAUCGGCAGCAUGACCGGCAUGGAGGAGGCCAAGUACCAGCGGAUCCCCACAGAUGAGAGCGAGGCGCAGAUGCUCGCCACUGCCGACCUGGAUGGCAUCAAGAGUCACCGGUUCGAGGAUGUUCCAGGGGUGCGGAGACACUUGGUCAGGAAGAGCACCAAAGGUCAGGUGGUCCACAUCAGCAAAGACCAUAAGGAGCCCAGCACACGCAUCCGGAAACUUGACCGCACACCCCAUGAGGUGUUUGUAGAGCUGAAUGAGCUCAUCAUGGAUAAAAACCAGGAGCUGCAGUGGCGGGAGACUGCUCGCUGGAUCAAGUUUGAGGAGGACGUGGAAGAGGAGACGGAACGCUGGGGGAAACCACACGUGGCCUCCCUCAGCUUCCGCAGCCUGCUUGAGCUGCGCAAGACCAUUGCACAGGGGGCUGUGCUGCUGGACCUGGACCAAAAGACCCUGCCUGGAAUCGCUCACCAGGUAGUGGAGCAGAUGAUCAUCUCUGACCAGAUCAAGGCCGAGGACCGAGCUAACGUGCUUCGAGCCCUGCUGCUCAAACACAGUCAUCCGAGUGAUGAGAAAGAGCACACCUUUCCUAGGAAUAUCUCGGCAGCCAGCCUUGGCUCUCUGCUGGUCCACCACCACAGUUCCAACCACAUCGCCCAGCCUGCAGAGCCCUCCAUCACAGACCCCCUCAUGGGAGGCAGCGCAGGCUCCGAGUCGGACACUCGCAUCGACAUCGAGAAGAUGGAGAAAGAGGCCCCCCCGUCAGUGGGCAUGCACCGGUCAAAGUCGAAACAUGAGCUGAAGCUGUUGGAGAAGAUCCCUGAGAACGCAGAGGCUACAGUGGUACUUGUGGGCAGUGUGGACUUCCUGGAGCAGCCCACCAUGGCAUUUGUACGCCUGCAGGAGGCAGUACAGUUGGAAUCGGUCCUGGAGGUACCCGUUCCAGUUCGAUUCCUCUUCAUUCUGCUGGGACCAGACUGCACCAACAUGGACUACCACCAGAUUGGCCGCUCCAUCUCCACACUGAUGUCCGACAAGCACUUCCACGAAGCCGCCUAUCUGGCAGAUGACCGCCAGGACCUGCUGAAUGCCAUCAACGAGUUCCUGGACUGCAGCAUCGUGCUGCCGCCCUCGGAGGUGGGCGGCGAUGAGCUGCUGCGCUCCGUGGCUCGCUUCCAGAGGGAGAUGCUGCGCAAGAGGGAGGAGCAAGAGGUCAAACUGUUAGCCAAAGAGCCCAAGACCCCUGAGGAGAAAGAGGCGCUUCUUACCCCCUUCAAGCCGGGCGAUGACCCCCUGCAGCGGACCGGGCGCCCCUUCGGCGGACUGAUCCGGGAUGCCUGCCGCCGUUACCCGAAAUAUGCCAGCGACUUCAAGGACGCGCUAAACGCCCAGUGCAUGGCGGCCAUCGUCUUCAUUUACUUCGCUGCGCUCUCCCCCGCCAUCACUUUUGGGGGCCUGCUGGGAGAGAAGACAGAUGGGCUGAUUGGUGUGUCGGAGCUCAUUGUGGCCACAGCCCUGCAGGGCUUGCUGUUCUGUCUGCUGGGGGCUCAACCGCUGCUGGUGGUGGGCUUCUCUGGCCCCCUGCUGGUCUUUGAGGAGGCCUUCUAUUCUUUCUGCAGCGCAAAUGAGAUGGAGUACCUCACGGGCCGGGUGUGGAUCGGGUUCUGGCUGAUCCUGAUUGUGCUCAUCAUUGUGGCCUUUGAGGGCAGCUUCCUGGUGCGUUUUGUGUCGCGCUUCACCCAGGAGAUCUUCGCCUUCCUCAUCUCCCUCAUCUUCAUCUACGAAACCUUCUCCAAGUUGGCCAAGAUAUUCCAGGAGCACCCACUGCGGCGCUGCUCCCUGGAGAACAGCACAGCAGACAACAGGACAGAAGGGCUGUGGUCAGAGCUCUCCAGCAGCGGGAUGGGGAACAGCUCUGCCGCUUCUACAAAGAGAUUCAAGAUGACAGGGGAGCCCAACACGGCGUUGCUGUCCCUGGUGCUGAUGUCCGGGACCUUCUUCAUCGCCUUCUACCUGCGGAAGUUCAAGAACAGCGCCUUCUUCCCUGGCAGGAUCCGAAGGGUGAUUGGUGAUUUUGGGGUUCCAAUUGCCAUAUUAAUCAUGGUCCUGGUGGAUUACAGCAUCCGGGAUACUUACACUCAGAAACUGAGUGUGCCCAGUGGCUUCUCGGUGACGAGCCCGGAGAAGCGUGGCUGGUUCAUCGACCCCCUGGGCUCCAAUGGGCAGUUCCCCAUCUGGAUGAUGGUGGCCAGUAUCCUUCCCGCUAUCUUGGUCUUCAUCCUCAUCUUCAUGGAGACCCAGAUCACCGCGCUGAUCAUCAGUAAGAAGGAGCGAAUGCUGGUGAAGGGCUCGGGUUUCCAUCUGGACCUGCUAAUCAUCGUCGCGGUGGGGGGCUUUUCAGCACUAUUCGGCCUACCCUGGCUGGCCGCUACCACGGUGCGCUCUGUCACCCACGCCAACGCCCUUACCGUUAUGAGCAAGGCCGUGGCACCCGGUGACAAGCCCCGCAUCCAAGAGGUCAAGGAGCAGAGAGUCACAGGGCUGCUGGUGGCCAUUCUUGUGGGUCUGUCCAUUGUGAUCGGAGAUCUCCUGCGCCAGAUCCCCAUCGCUGUGCUGUUUGGGAUCUUCCUCUACAUGGGAGUCAUGUCGCUCAAUGGCAUCCAGCUCUACGACCGCAUCCUGCUGCUGCUCAUGCCCCCCAAGUACCACCCCGACCAAAUCUUUGUCCGAAAGGUCCGCACUCUGCGAAUGCACCUGUUCACAGGAAUCCAGGUGGUGUGCCUGGCUGUGCUGUGGGCAGUGAUGUCCACUGUGGCCUCACUGGCCUUCCCGUUCGUCCUCAUCCUCACAGUGCCCGUCAAGAUGUUCCUGCUGUCCCGGAUUUUCACCGAAAGGGAGAUGCAAUGUCUGGAUGCAGAUGAGGCAGAGCCUACGUUUGAUGAAAAGGAGGGACAGGAUGAGUACAACGAGAUGCCCAUGCCAGUGUGAGCAGCCACAUCCCACAGCCCUUUCCUGGGUGAGCUAGCCUGCCAAUCACCCAGCCUGCCAAUCUGGACGCCGGGGAUCUGCCUUCCAGGGAACAACCCCACCUGUACAUUUGUAUAUGUGUAUUAUUGUUGUUACUGUUCUUUGACUUUUUGUUUUGCAGGCAAUGUGUUUUACAAUCAUUUGGUUACACUAAUUGACUUAUGGUUGCUUAUUAGCUGAAUGAGAGAUAGUCUUUGACUGGUGGUGGGGGAUCAAGUGUGGGGCAAGAAUGGGGUGACUGUGGGCACAGGGGUUAAUGAUCCCAGCAGUCCAAGUAAUAGGAAUGGCCUCUCCAGCACUACAUAAUUCUACUGGCUCUACAGGACCCGUUCAAGUCUGUCUUUCUUGGUACUGCUCGAUUGCAAGUCGCAGUGUCAUCAGGAGCAACAGCUAUAGAGUCCUGCUAUAUUAAUCUGAGGAUCCUGGAAGCAGUGUGUGUGACCGUGCUGAGCAAGAAACAAAGGUGGGGCCCUGCUUUGGCAUUGUAUAUUGUACAGGGCCCUGCACAAAUGCUCGUGAAGAAGGGCUUAACUGUUUGAGAUAAUUGGACAGUUCUCCUCUGCUUGAGAGGUGCUCAUUUUAAAGUGGAAGGACUCUAAACCUAAGCACUAAUGGUCUGUGGUGAGCCUGAAACAUAAAUCCCAGUCAGACUGGAGGACCUUGAGCGCAGCCCGCUCCUCCUGGCGUUGAUUGGUCUCUAAUCAGUGAUGUGUGUUUUUCGGUGCUGGGUGGGAGCUGUACACUGGUAAAUCCAGCUGCUAAGAUGUGCUGCUCUCAGCUGGACCACCCUGCGGCCUACACCUCACAGCAAUAAGAGGAGCAGAAGCACUUUAUUCUAUAGGGGUGACGAAAGGCUACGGAGCUCAGCCCUCUCUCUGAAAUUUAAAAGAAAUCUGUAAAAGUAGCUUGAUUUAUUUUCCCUGGUGUUCCUUCAUAUAGAGCUGCAUUUUGUAAAAAUCCGAUCAGUGGGCUCAGAUUAUUAGCUUUGUUGCUGUACUCUCCUAUACAAAUGGAUUUAUUGUUGUUAUAAUCUUAAUAUUCCCUGUGAGAGAAAUGUUAUAAGGUGUUAAGUGUAAGUGCAUUGCACAUGUUGUUCCAAUUGUCUGUACUUCUAACAUGC